GGCAGCCCAAGUUACUGGCAGAUCUGAUUUCACACAGCACUCAACUGAGAUGGUUUUGGGGAAGGCGGUAGGAAAGAGGGGAGACAAGAAAAGUCCAGAAAGUACAUCAAGUUUGGACACAUAUAAGAUCCUGGUCACACCUGGGAGAAGAAGAGAGGAGAGCACCUGCAGCAGGAUGGACAUGGGCAGCAAAGAGGUCUUGAUGGAGAGCCCACCGGACUACUCUGCUGCUCCCCGGGGCCGGUUUGGCAUCCCCUGCUGUCCCGUGCACCUCAAACGCCUUCUCAUCGUGGUCGUGGUGGUGGUCCUGGUGGUUGUGGUGAUUGUAGGAGCCCUGCUCAUGGGUCUUCACAUGAGCCAGAAACACACCGAGAUGGUCCUAGAGAUGAGCAUUGGGGCACCAGAAGCCCAGCAACGCCUGGCCCUGAGGGAGCAUGCGGGUACCACUGCCACCUUCUCCAUCGGCACCACUGGCCUUGUAGUGUAUGACUACCAGCGGCUCCAGAUCACCUAUAAGCCAGCCCCGGGAACCUGCUGCUACAUCAUGAAGAUGGCUCCAGACAGCAUCCCUAGUCUUGAGGCUCUCGCUAGAAAAUUCCAGAACUUCCAGGCGAAGCCUGCAGCACCCACCUCUAAGCUGAGCCAGGAGAAGGGGCAUUACACAGACUCGGUGUCCUCUGGAGGAGACCUGGCCUUCCUGGGCAUUGCUGUACACACCCUGUGUGGCGAGGUGCCUCUCUACUACAUCUAGGACUCCUCAGGGUCUUGAAAGCCCCAAGGGGACAGGAGAACCCUUCCCCCCAGCAAAGGCCCUUUUGCAGACAGCAAGGAAGUUGCUCGUGCCCACAUCACAGGGACUGGCCCUGGAGAAAUGGGAGCUUGGAGGAGGACGGGAGCUUGGUGAGAGGAUGGGAGUGAGCAGAGGUGGCUCCUAUGGGCCAGGGAACUGCUGCCACAAAAGAAUAAAGCAA